UCCCGGAUUAAUUUACAGAAGGCGCCGAGACCACCGCUCCCCGCAAACCCCAGGCUGAGGUCCGACGGGGCAGCCUGUCCCUCUAGCGACCCCGUCGCCACGCCACGCCCCCUGCCCGUUUCCCCGGAAGUGCUCCGGCCGGAGCGGAAGUGCACGCCUACAGCGGCCGGCAGCAGUUUCGCGAUGGUGGGCGGCGGUGGGAUGGGGGGCGGCCUCCUGGAGAACGCUAACCCGCUCAUCUACGAGCGCUCUGGGGAGCGACCGGUGACCGCGGGUGAGGAGGACGAGCAAGUUCCAGACAGCAUCGACGCGCGCGAGAUCUUCGAUCUGAUUCGCUCUAUCAAUGACCCGGAGCAUCCACUGACACUGGAAGAAUUGAACGUAGUGGAGCAAGUCCGGGUUCAGGUGAGCGACCCCGAGAGUACGGUGGCUGUGGCCUUCACACCCACCAUUCCACACUGCAGCAUGGCCACUCUUAUCGGCCUGUCCAUCAAAGUCAAGCUUCUUCGAUCCCUUCCCAGCGUUUCAAGAUGGAUGUGCACAUUACACCAGGAACUCAUGCCUCGGAGCAUGCAGGUUUGAGAGGAGAUGGUGAUCAUGAGUGCAAGUUCCUCUACAGGCUGAGUGGAUGAGAUGCAGUGCAUUUUAAAAAUUUCUUCCAAUCGAAAAGUUACAAGCAUACGAGAGUUUUGAGAGAGUAGUGUAGUGAUUACACCUGUAUACCCAUCAUCUAUAUUGAAUAGUUGUUAAUAUGUUAUAUCACCGGUCUCAUACUAUAAAUAUAUUGAGAGUAAACUGCA